AUGACCGACAUCCACCCCUUCACGCUUUCCAUCCCGGACGCCCGCUUGCAGCACCUGCAAGAAAAACUUGCCCUCGCGACGUUCCCCGACGAGCUCGAAGACGCAGGCUGGGAGCAUGGCGCGCCACUAGCCGACAUCAAGCGGCUCGUCCACCACUGGCGCACAACCUAUGACUGGCGGCGCCACGAAGCGUCUAUAAACGCCUUGCCCAACUACGAGACACCCAUUGACGUUGACGGUUUCGGUCACAUCGACAUUCACUUCGUGCACCAGGUCUCGCCGAACGCGAAUGCCAUCCCGGUGCUCUUCGUGCACGGUUGGCCGGGACACUUCUUGGAAGUCGCGAAACUGCUCCCGCUGUUCAGGGACAGCGAGAAGAAUGGCGGACCUGCAUUCCACGUUGUUGCGCCGUCGCUGACGAACUUUGGCUUCUCAGGAGUGGUGAAGAAGAAGGGGUUUGGCAUGAAGCAGUAUGCUGAGACGUGCCACAAGCUGAUGAUCAAGUUGGGGUAUGAGCAGUAUGUGAGCCAGGGCGGGGAUUGGGGCACGUUUAUCACACGGACGAUGGCGAUGCUGUAUCCAGAGGCGCUGAAGGCGACGCACAUCAACAUGGUGGCUUGUCCGCCGCCUUAUAAGAACCCGCUUGCAUUGCUAACGCUAGGAUUCAAGUAUCUCACAGGCACGUUUAGUGCGGAUGAAAAAGCGGGUUUCGAGCGCACGCAGUGGUUCCAGGACCAUGGGUUUGGCUACUUCAAGAUUCAGAGCACGAAGCCGCAGACGGUGGGAUAUGCGUUAAAUGAUAGCCCUGUGGCGCUUCUGGCGUGGAUAUAUGAGAAAUUGCACGAUUGGACUGACAGCUAUCCCUGGACGGACGAUGAGAUCCUGGAUUGGAUUAGUGUGUAUUGGUGGAGUCGAGCUGGGCCCGCAGCUAGCGUGAGAAUUUACUACGAGGCGUUGAAAGGAGAGUACACCACCGAGAGGACGUACAAGACGUGGAUACCGAAUGUGAAGCUGGGCUUAGGCUACUUCCCGAAAGAGCUCGCGUUGCUUCCGAAGAGCUGGGCGCAGUCUUUGGGGCCAAUUGCAUUCGCGUCCGAGCACAAGAGUGGUGGUCACUUUGCGGCAUUCGAAAAUCCCGAGGGAAUCGUAGGUGACAUGAGGUUGAUGUUCGGAAAGGGCGGCGGCGCAUCCGGUGUUGUUGAGAACAAGCACGGCUACUAG